AUGUCUCAAUACAUUGUCCAUGACCCAAACAUCCUCAGCAAAAAUGUGCCUCAACACAAAGAUUUGGUCCAAGAACAAAUCAGUGGAGAAAGGCACUAUGAAGAUACACUGGUGGAAUACACUCCAACAAAACUUCACAGCCAUAUCAAAGCUACCAAUCAUGAUGCAGGCUUAGUGAAGGAAGCAUCUGUGCACCAGGCCAAGCUUCUCAAUGACAAACUAGGCCAGCCACCUCCACUUCAACAACAUUCUGUCCCUUUACAGCUUCCUAUCCAGGACAUCUUUUAUGAGGCUCCUCUCAUCAAUUCAUCCAACAAUGCUCCUGCGGAUGCUCACAAGCCUCCACAGCCUAACCUCUUUACCAAACCCUCCUUUCAUCUGCUGGAUGAAUAUAACUUCAGCAGCAUGGUAUUGGGUUCCUGUGGAGAUGUCAGUGAGGGUCUUGCUGGCCCAUCAAUAUCACUACCCACCUUAUCUGCUGUGCCCCACACUUAUAUCACACCUCCAACCUCUGUAGGACCUGCAGGCUGGGACAUGGGUCAUCCUUAUACUGAUGACUUUACCAUGGACAGCACUUCCAACUUUGCCAUGGACGAUGCAGCUGAUGUUGUCCCUACCGUCAAGGGGCAAAGAUUACAGAUGUUGGAUGCCAUUCUCCAAGAGGGAUUUUUGGAUCUUGAACAUAUGAUUCAAGAUCUCAGUCUCAAAACUGCAAUCCCAGCUCACCAGAUCUUCACAUUAUAG